AUGACAACAGAGCCAUUGGAUCCUGAAAACUCGGCAAAUAUAAUGAAUUGUGAAAAUAACGAACGCAGUUAUCAACACGAUGUUAAUUUAUUCUAUCAUUUGAAUGAUCAAACGAAAAAUUUGGAGGAUUGUAUUAUCGUAUGGUUAGAUUUGCAAUUCUGUGCAAAGCCUCAUUAUAUUGAUAAAUUACGAGGUGUUGUUAACUAUCUCAGAAUAUUCGAUAACACGGACAUUUGUAUGCAGUACAUAUCUGCCAUCAAACAAGAGCAAGUUUUCUUAAUUAUUUCUGGUCGAACUGGAAAACAUAUUAUUCCAUUAGUACAUCAUCUAUCUCAACUUAAUUCUAUAUACAUCUUUUGUAUAAAAGAUCAAAGACAUAUAACAUGGUCCUCAAACUAUUCGAAAGUGAAAGGUGUCUUUAUCGAUGAGGAUAAACUAUAUGAUCGUUUAUCAAAAGAUGUUCUCUUAUGUUCCAGUCAAACGCCUAUGAGCAUCAUUGAAUAUGAACGGACUUCACAUGCUUUGAAUAAAGAUGGAAAACCGUUGUUUUUAUGGUCGCAAAUAUUGUUACAAGUCUUACUGCGAUUGCCGCCAUCGUGCAAUGAUAAAGAAGAUAUGAUAAAUCAAGCUCGUGAUCAAUAUUGCGGUAAUUUGGUUGAGCAGCAAAAAAUUGAUGAAUUCGCACGAAUUUAUUCGUCAGAUACUGCUAUUAAAUGGUACACUCGGGACUGUUUUGUUUAUCGCCUUGUGAAUAAAGCACUUAGAACAGAAAACAUCGAUAAUAUAUUUCUAUACCGAUUUUUCAUCGCUGAUCUCUAUCGACAAUUAGAACGUUUGUAUUUAUCGCGUGUACCCGAUGGCAAUUCUUCCAUGUUAACAUGUUAUCGUGGUCAACUUAUACCAAUAAACGAAUUUGAAAAGCUCAAGUCAAGUACAAAUCAACAUAUAUCGAUAAAUACAUUCUUUUCGACAAGUACAUCUUCAUCAGUAGCUGUUAAUUUUUUUAUUAACGGAGAACAACAUGAUGGUACUGUAUGCGUCUUAUUUGAAAUUCUAGUUGAUAUCACUGUACCAACAAAGCCUUUUGCGCAUAUUCACAAGUGGAGUGUAAAUUCAGAUGAAGGCGAAGUAUUAUUUACUAUGGGUACUAUUUUUAAAAUUGAAUCUUGUGACGAGUUAGAUGGUUUUUGGCACGUUAAAUUUACGCUGAGUACUGAACCUGACCAAGAAUUACAAGCAUUGUUAAAGGAUUACGAAAUAAAAAUUGGUGAAACAUCAUCGCUUCUAAUAUUUGGCGAAUUUCUUCACAAAAUGAAUGAAUUUAACAAAGCAGAACGCUAUUAUCAAAUUCUUAUACGAGAAUUACCUUCUGAUCAUGUCGAUGUUGGUAUGGCUUUCAAUAAUAUCGCUACCAUCUGUACAGAUCGAGGAGAACAUAAGAAAGCAAAAACUUAUUUACGAAGAGCUUUCAAUAUAUUUAGGCGAACAUCAUCUGUUGAUGAUUUGAAUGUGGCAGAAAUUUAUCUCAAUCUUGCUUCUGUUUAUAGCCGGAUCGACAAUAAUAAAGCUGCUUUAAAGCAUGAAAAAAAAGCUUUACAAAUUCAGCUUAGGAUUCUUCCAGAUAAUCAUCUAACUCUAGCAACAACCUAUAACAAUAUUGCUAAUACCUACGAUUCGCUCAGCAAGAAAACAAUUGCUUUAAAAUAUUAUCGUAAAGCCCGAGACAUUGAGCUUCAGCAUUUGCCUCCGAACCAUCCCGAUCUUGCUGUUACAUAUAAUAAUAUGGCUUCCGUGUAUAUUGAUAUGAAUGAUCAUCAGUGCGCACGUGAAUAUUUAAACAAAGCACUUGAAAUACGCAAAGAAACUUUGCCUUCUUGGCAUCCAGAUUUAGCUGAUUCUUAUCGACUAAUAGGUACUCUAUCCGCAGAGGCUGAUGACACUACUGAUGCUCUUGAAAAAUAUCAAGAAUCAUUAAGAAUUUUAUUAAGUACGCCAAGCCAAGCCUUGGAUCAUCAUCGGAUAUAUCAACUAAACAGUGAUAUUGGCGAUCUCCUAUAUCAGAGACAGUUUCAUCAAUCAGCUUUAAGGUCAUACAAUAUGUCUUUGUAUCAUCUGAACCAAUGCGAAUUUGUCAAUCCAUUUGAUAAAUCUAUUGUUUACAAUAAUCUUGCAGCAGUUUACAUCGAUAUGGAAAAAUAUAAUAGAGCAAAAAACUAUUGUAGGAAAUCAAUAAGAGCUCAACGUCAUUGUCAAGAUGUUGAACAAUAUAUAAAUAGGUUUAGAAGUCGCUUACUAAUGGCAAAAAUUUUCCAUGCACAGAAGUCUGAUGAAAAGGCCUUAGUUAUUCUAAAACAAUUACUCGGCCAACAACGUCGUUUACUACCUGAUAGUUACAAUGAAUUAUAUAAUGUUUACGAAACUAUGAAGUGUAUAUACUUCGAUAAAGAAAACUACAAGAAAUCAGAAUACUACAUUAGGAAAUCUAUGCAAAUUCAUUUAAAAUUUAUGCCCGAAAGAAAACUUGAUGUUGGCUUUGACUAUGAAGCAUUAGGCGCUAUUUACCAGAAGAAAUCGUUGCCAAAAAAAGCUAUUAAAUGCUAUAAAAAGGCUAUUAAUAUCUAUCUUAGUGCUAAACCACCACCUCCAAGCAAUCUGGCGAAUGCAUAUUUUGCUCUUGGACAAACGAUUCUAAGUAUUAAAAAAUACUCAAAUGCAAAAUUGUAUUUGAUUAAAGCACGUAAACUUCGUCAAGAGAAUCAAUCAUCACAUGACUUUCAAAUUGCCGAAAUCAAUAUUGAGCUUGGACGCCUUGAGUACUCUCGAAAUAGAUUUCAAAUGGCCACAAAAUAUUAUCAACUUGCUCUCAGCAUUUGUGAACAACAACCAAGACUAGUUCAUCAUGAUUUAAUCUACUUACAUAAUCUAUUAGGAAUCUCUUUUAUUGGCGAACAGAAGUACGAUCAAGCGAUGUAUCAUUUUCAAAAAGCGCUUGAAAUUUCAGAAGACCGCAUAUCUACAUCAUGUGAUGAAGAUGAACAGAUUGCUAUGAUAAUUGCAGAAGUGUAUGGCCAUAUUGCUGAGAUCCAUCUUCGUGAUAAGAAAUUUGACGAAGCUUUGAAGAAUGCAAGAGUCUAUCUUAAACUCUCAAGACAAUAUCCAAAGCGCUACUUUAAUUUAAGUAAUAGUUUGCUAUUGAUGGGAAGUGUUUAUCGAAACAAGGAACUUUAUCAACGAGCACUGCCUUUUUUGCGAAAAGCUCGUCAUCUCAGUAGUAAAUGCUCUAAUGACUAUCAAACUGAACUAUAUCCUUACAUUUAUGCUGAAUUAGGCAUAUGCUACGGCAAUAUGGGUGAUCAUCGACAUCGAGUAGCGUAUAAAUAUUAUCAGCUAGCGAAAAACGCUUCUCUGAAUUGUCAAAACGACAAUUUUCUGCGAGACCUCGACGAAAAUAUAAAACAUAUGCAGACUCAGUAG